AUGACACCCCGUUGGCUUCUUCUACUUGCAGGCCUGGCUGGCCUCGCUCUGGCCCAGACAAAGGUCGUCACUGUCCUCGUGCCUCCGAUUGCCGAUAACAUCUCCGAGCAGCAGAUCUUUGCGUCAGUCGCCAACGUGAAGCCAGACGCUACCGAAUACGUCCUCGAUAUCGCCAAGACCGCAAAUAUCGACAACUUGCUGCGGCGCCUGGCGGGUGCGACCCUGACUUACGGCCCGGCCACCGUGGUCAUCCACGUGGAAGAGUCGACUGCUCAGACAAACGGCGAUUCCACUCGCUUUGCGGCCUACACACUCAACGUCGCCUGCUCCGUCGACCAAAAGGAGAACUUCGGCACAUGCACCGGCCAGUCGACGACGGUCGUCGGCUACCAAUCCACCUCGGCCACGGCCUCCGUCUCCGACACGCUGCAACGGUACUACGGCAUCAGCGCGUGGAAGGUGCCCAUCACGGUGACCGCCGGCGCCGACAGGGUGACUGCCGACAGCGACGUCUCCUCGAGCACUGGGACGAGCAAGCCCACCUCUCCCACCACUCCGGCAACGCAGACCGAGUCGAGCCGGUCUUCCGCCUCCACUGGCUCUCCUGCCGGCACCACGACGAGGUCAGGCGGUGGCGCUGGCAAUGCUAACAGUUCGAGUCGUAGCUCAGCCAGCAGCACGAGCAGCAGUACUGGAGGCGUGCCUCGGGUAACACAACAAGCCGUAUAUGCCGGUGUUGCUGCUGUUGUCGGCGGAGCUCUUAUUCUUUAG